CCUUACUCAUGGCCAGGCCCUUGGCAGCGGCCGCCGGCAGAGACGUGUAGGGGCCGCGGCUCCCGCCCGCCCUCCAGGGGAGCGCUGCAAAAGCGCGCACCGCCUCCCCUCUCCCGGGCGGCGGCUUGGCCUCGCCGGCUUGCCGUAGCGGAGCUGGCGGGGGGCCGCUGCUGCUGCUGCCGCCGCUGCUGCCUGCGGUACUUCCGUGCUGGCAGGGACGGCCCGCUGUGAUGGCACAGCACGGGCCGAAUGUCACGCUGUCCCUCACGCUGCCCAUCACCUGCCACAUCUGCCUGGGGAAGGUACGUCACCCGGUCAUCUGUGUCAACAGCCAUGUAUUCUGUUCUAUUUGUAUUGAAGUGUGGCUGAAGAACAAUAAUCAGUGCCCAGCUUGCAGGAUUCCCAUCACGCCUGAAAAUCCUUGCAAGGAAAUUAUAGGAGGAACAAGUGAAAGUGAUCCUAUCUUUAGCCCGACAGUCAGAAAACACCUACGUAAAACAAGGCUUGAAUUGCUCCACAAAGAAUAUGAGGAUGAAAUAGAAUCCCUGCAAAAAGAAGUGGAAGAUCUGAGAGGUAAAAAUCUCAGUUUACAGACACAGCUGAAGUCUUUUCUGGAUCCUAUUGCAUCAGCUUUGUCUUGCCAAAAUGAGGAAACUAGCCAGUCAGCAAAUGAAGCAAGGACCAGUGGCCCAGAAACCCCAGAGGAAUGGAGCAAAAAGCUGAAAGCUGCCAAUGAUAUGUAUGAAAAAGUGAUGGAUAACAUGGAAAAGCUAAAGGAGGCAAAUAAGAAACUGAGCAUGGAAAACAGUAGCCUUUUAAGAGAGAAUUUGAGACUGAAAGCUGAAGUUGAUAAUAGAUCACCCCAAAAGUAUGGUAGGUUUACGGUAGCUGCACUUCAGUCCAAAGUAGAACAAAGUGAACGUGAAAUGAACCGUCUAAAAAAGGCACUGGAAAGAAGUGAUAAAUACAUAGAAGAAAUUGAGUGUCAGCUUUUACAGCUGCAAAAUGCAGCCAAAGGAACACAGACAGUGAGCACUGUUAGUGAGAGAGCGCUUUCCACAGAUGCUAAAGGAGCUGAGAGCAGUGAAGAUGCAACAUGUUUGAAAGCCCAAGUUGAGGAAAAAAAAGCUUUGACUACCAGUCAAAGUCCUGACAGUCUUGAACAGCUGACAAGUGGUGAAACUAGUUUAAGCUCUUCUAGUCAAGAGGGUUCAAAUGGCUCAGAUACCCAGUGUGCCUCAAAGAAAGAACUGUUUCCAAGAUGUCAUGGGGUUCUCCUGGAUGAAAAUACUACAAAUAUGGAUGCCUGCUUAGAAGAGCAGUGGAAUAAAAUUGAGGAAUGUACCCCAUAUAAGGAUGAGGAACUUUAUGGUCUUCCACCACAGUGCACUCCUUUUCUGUCUCUCAGUCGCCUUCAGUUGAACACUCCUGAUGGGAAAGAAAAUGCAAGGAAACCAUCAGCAUUCCUGAGAAAACUGAAAUUUGAAGAGUUUUGUGAUACUUCAGAUGAUUGCAGCAAAGAUACCCCUGAACACAGCACAAGCAGCUGUAAUAAUGAAAAGAAGCUAAACUGUUUUACUACAGGAAAAUCAGGGUUUUGGGGGACCUGCCCCACAAAUUUUGCCGAGAACUUAGAUUUUGAUGAAUCAGAGCAAAAUUCAGUAGCUGGUCAGUCAGAUGAGACAUCAGCAAAGUCCAGCGAUAAAACAAGUUCUUGCUUACCUAAGAGGUUGCAUACCCUCUGCUCUUCUGAAAUGAAUCGCACAAGAACCUCUAGCGAGGCAUCUAUGGAUGCUGCCUACCUCGAUAAAAUUUCUGAGUUGGACUCAAUGAUGUCUGAGUCAGACAACAGCAAGAGUCCCUGCUAUAAUUUCAAGUCCUCUGAUCUUGAUAAUUCUUCAAAGUCAACAGAGUGUUCUAAGCUUCUGAAUGGAUCCGAAAAGAAACUGGAAGAGAUGAAUGAGGAACAGAGUAUGAGGUGUCCAGAGACAAGUGAUCCAGCAGCUGACAGAACUGGCUGGAAACCUGCUGUGUUUUCCAUGCUCUCCCCAUCUGAGCUGGAUAUGCAUGACCACUUUCCACUGUUUACAGGCCAGAACACAGUGGCUAGUGAUAUCAAACCUCCAAACUGUUCAUUUCAAAGAGACUUUUCUCAGAGUUCACUAUUCAGUAACUCACAAAGGUUGUUUGAGGAACAAAAGUUUGGUUCCUGCUUUUUAAAGAUGCCAUCUGACCUGCACAAUCAGCUUAAUCCUCCUUGGGUGUCUUCCUUUAUAGCUGAAAGGAAAAAUAAAAAUGCCAGUCAGUCAACCAAGAGGAAAAUUCAAAGCAGCCUUUCCAGUGCUAGUCCAUCAAAAACUACCAAAAACUGAUUCUGCUUGGAAAGCGAACUGGCGUUUCCAGCAAAGUCAUCAACCUGCAAAUGUUUAAUAUUUACAGGUGAACUUAAUGACUACCAUGCAAUCCAAUCUAUGUGAAAUCUGAACAGUCCCUUCCCUGUUACAAGAUUUUUCCUAGGCAGGAACGAGUUCAGGUUCUUUUCUUUGGCUGGGCAUUUUAUUCACUUG